AUGAUCCUCUUGCAUGGUCGCGGAAGCAACGCCGCCGAGUUCGCCUCUGAAUUCUUCGAGAGCCAGGCCAGCGAUGACCGUUUCCUUACACAAAUCUUCCCAGGCUACAAAUGGGUCUUUCCAUGUGCUGCUAUCCGAUAUGCGCAGAGCGAAGAAGAGGACAUGCAUCAGUGGUUUGACAUGGUCUCGGUGCAAAAACCUUGUCAUGAUCCGGAGAACAUACAGAUUCCCGGUAUGCGAGAAAGCGUAUCUUUGAUCAGUGAUAUCAUCAGGAAAGAGGCAGUUGAGAUAGGAGGUCUGGAUAAGGUGUUCUUAGGCGGCAUCAGUCAGGGAUGCGCAACGGCGAUUUCAGCACUCUUGACAGUUCAGGAUCGGAUAGCGGGUUUCAUUGGGUUCAGUGGCUGGUGUCCAUUUAGCAAGGUUGUUUCCGACAGCCUGUCUGGAGAUUCGGACAACAUGCGAGCGCUCUCGACGUGGUUACAAGAAAGACGAUCCUCUUCUCGUGCCGCGGGAGCUCCAUUGGAAGUAUCGGAAAUUACAUCGUCUUUGUUGACGCCCGUGCUGCUUCAGCACGCAAAAGAUGAUGGAGUGGUGCCGGUAGCCCUGGGCCAAGAUUUGCGCAACAAGCUAGCGGUUCUAGGGACAGAUGUUCAAUGGCGUGCAUAUGAAGAAGGUGGUCAUUGGAUCAACGAGCCUAACGGGAUCGACGACAUGAUCAAUUUCAUCAAUUCAAGCGCGAAGAAGUAG